ACCAGCGACGGCAUGGCCUGGUGCCGGGACAACAUCGACGCCUCCCGCGGGGACGUGGUGUUCGCGGGCAACGGCGCGGAGGGCUCGCCCGGCAGGGACUUCGCUCUGCUCACGCAGUGCAACCACGCGGUCAUGACCAUCGGGACCUUCGGCAUCUGGGCCGCCUACCUCGCGGGCGGGGACACUGUCUACCUGGCCAACUACACCCUGCCCGACUCCCCCUUCCUCCGGGUCUUCAAGCCCGAGGCGGCCUUCCUGCCCGACUGGGUGGGCAUCGCCGCCGACCUCUCCCCAUUGCUCAAGCACUGACCGCAGCCUGUCCUUGGCGGCUCCCUCCAGCAGCCUGUGCGCUCGUGCACGGACAAGUCCCUUCCCCUUGC